AUGCCUCUCCUCUUCUUGCUGCUCCUGCUGCCAAGCACCUCACACCCACACCCAUGUGAGGUCACCCAAGUGGGCAGCCAGCUAGACGUAAACUGUGAUAAGCAGCAGCUGACAGCACUGCCUCCAGACCUGCAAAAAGAGACCAGCAUCCUCCGCCUGAGUGAGAACCCCUUGCGCACCUUCUCCCUGGCAUCCCUGGUGCCUUUCCUUCGUCUCACUGAACUGUACCUUAGUCGAUGUGAGCUGACCAAGCUCCACACGGAUGUGAAGCUGCCACUGCUGGAGACCCUGGAUAUAUCCCACAAUGAGUUGAAAAGCCUGCCCCCGCUAGGGCAGGCACUGCCUGCUCUCAGUAUCCUGGACAUCUCCUUCAACCAGCUGACCUCCUUGUCUCCAGAUGCCCUGAAAGGCCUGACCCAACUGGAACAGCUCUAUCUGCGGGGCAAUAAGCUAAAGACUGUGCCCCCAGGGCUCCUGACACCCACACCCCAGCUGAAGAGGCUCAGUCUAGCUGAAAACAAAAUUACUGACCUGCCCUCUGGGCUCCUGGAUGGGUUGAAUAGCCUGGAGAGCCUCUACCUCCAACAUAACUCACUGCAAACGAUACCAGAGGGCUUCUUUGGGAACCUCUUCCUACCUUUUAGUUUUCUCCACAGCAACCCUUGGUUCUGUAGCUGUGAGAUCCUGUAUUUUCGUCACUGGUUGCGGCACAAUUCCGACAGAGUCUACUUACAGAAGGAAGGUGAAGAUAAGGACACCACGAUCUCCAAUGUGACCAGCGUGCAAUGUGCCAAUUUAAACAAAGUACCCGUCUAUAAAUUCCCAGCGAAGGAUUGCCCAAUCCAUGGUGAUGGGGGUGCUGCCGUGGAUGACUAUGAUGACUAUGCAGGAGAGGCCACGGAGGGUGAUCAGGUACGUGCCACAAGCACUGCGGUCACCACAGCCCUUACAACUCACUGGGGCCUGCUCUACUCACAGUCUACUGCCUCUAUAGACAGCCAGAUGUUCUCCUUGCAUCCAGUACAAAAAUCCUCUGAGCACCCGAGUACAUUCCCAACCGGAUGGAUUCCAGAUGCCACCAUAUUCCCAACUACCACAGACUCCAUCACAUUCUCCCAAACUCCCAAACCCACUACUGAACCCAGUGUAGACCUAACCACAUCAGAGCCCACCACAGCCCCAACCACCCCAGAGCCCACCAUAGCCUCUAUCACCACCAAGCCCACCAUAGCCCCGACUACCCCAGAGCCCACCAUAGCCCCUAUCACCACCAAGCCCACCACAGCCCCGACUACCCCAGAGCCCACCAUAGCCCCUAUCACCACCAAGCCCAUCACAGCCCCAACCACCCCAGAGCUCACCAAAGCCCCUAUCACCACCAAGCCCACCACAGCCCCGACUACCCCAGAGCCCACCAUAGCCCCUAUCACCACCAAGCCCACCACAGCCAUGACUACCCCAGAGCCCACCAUAUUAACUACCACAAAACCCACCUCGCUCUCAACGGCCUUAGAAUCCAUCAUAAAAAUCAUUCCUGCACUUGUCAACCAUAGGGUGGCUCAAGGGAAUUUCGAUAGCACCAGAAAUAGCCCUUUUCUCAACCCUGAUUUUUGCUGCCUUCUCCCCCUGGGCUUCUAUGUCUUGGGUCUCCUCUGGCUCCUAUUUGCCUCUGUGGUCCUCAUCCUGCUGCUGACCUGGGUCCAGCAUGUGAAACUACAGCCCCUGGACUAUGGGCAAGAUGCUGCUUUGGCCACAGCCACACAAACCACACAUCUGGAGUUGCAGAGGGGAAGGCAAGUGAUGGUGCCCCGGGCCUGGCUGCUCUUCCUUCAAGGUUCACUGCCCACUUUUCGCUCCAGCCUCUUCCUGUGGAUACGCUCUAAUGGUCAUGUGGGGCCCCUGGUAGCAGGACGGCGGCCCUCAGCUCUGAGUCAGGGUCGUGGUCAGGAUCUGCUGGGCAUGGUGGGCAUUAGGUACUCUGGCCACAGCCUCUGAGGACGGGAGAUAUGGACACCUCAAGAGGUUCUGAUGGGGUUUCCUAUAGGGAUCUAUCUGGGGGUGUGGGGGUGGGAGGUAAGUAGCACAGGACCAUAGGGAGGUCUUCAUUCCUUUUCCUUUAUCAGACACCCCCGGCCCACUCACACUGAAGACACAACCUCAGACCCAGCAAACGGGUAAGGAUAGUGAGAUGGAGGAGUUGGGGGUGGACGGUCAAUCACAGAAAAA